GAGCGACUCAACUAGAACCUUUGGCAGCAAGGGAGGACGACGUGCGUUGAACACGAAGCUCUCUUCGAACUUGCCUCGACAUGCAUUCUUGUGUUUGUGUCAAUUCUCGCGUGAGGCUUAAGCGGAAAGUGCAAUAUGCCAAUGUGGACGACGACGGCGACGACAACAACAACAACAACAACAACAGCAACAACGGAAAUAAGCGCCGAAGUGAUAUCGAGGGCACUAUAGCCCAGCCCUCCGUCACUUGAAGUCCGAGACUUCGUGGUCGUCGGUUCGAUAUGUCAAGCAGAGCGACACCGAGGCCAUAGUGAGGUGGUCUUCUUGGGUCCGAGUGAUGAAGACGU